CUAAUAUCAGCUCACCUUGUCUCUCCCGCCGCCCGCCUAUCAUUCUUAUUCUUUACCAAGAUUCGGCCAUUUUCUUUCUGCUUUUUAAAUUUUUUGUGUGGUUUAGUUUUAUUUCUAAAAGCAGUAAAGUCAACCCAAUAUUGAAGACGAAGAGAGUGUGAUUUAUGGUGUCUUAGAUCAUCUUUAUCAAGUUUGGGUCAUCAUCUUAUCUCUAUAUCCCAACCAGAUGCUCUUCAAAAUCACAGCUUUUUUUGUCCAUUCAGAAGAAUAAGCACAAUUUGUUAUUUUGCUCUUUGGUGCAAAUAUGGCGGAGAAGGGAAACAUUUCUGAGUAUAGAGAUCGACUUGACAAGACUUUGUCGUGCCAUGAUCUUGUGAGCAAGGAGGUACUUAAGCGUCUCGUUAGGAAUCAAAUCUUGAGCUCCUCAAGUUUUGAGACACCACAAGAGUUUAUAGACAAUGUAGUAGAAAGAAGAAGCAAUGAAUUAGUCCACACGCUUGGAAUGUUGAGAAGUGCCUCGUUAGCUGAGGGCGGUGACUCAAACCCUUCCAAUGUGUCACAUGGUGGAUGGAAAGUAAAACAGGAUGCAGAGGAACUUCGCGUAAUGUAUAGGGAAGGGCCCGAAGGCACUCCUUUUCAUAUCCUCUUAGUUGAAGGAUUUGUAGAUGGUCCAGUUGAUGUUUGUCUUUGCAUCUCAUGGGAAGUAGACCUCUACAAGAAAUGGUGGCCCCAAACAACAGUUCCGAAUUUCAAAGUUGCUUACUCUAAAUGUUUGCAGAAGGUUAGGAUUGGCGAACAUAUAUCUGUAGUAAGGAUGAAGCUUCCAUGGCCACUGUCAACAAGGGAGGCUCUUAUAAACUUCUUCGAAUUCGACUAUUUUCAAGAUGGUCUGGUAGUCGUGCUCUUCAACUCGAUAUCAGACAUAGAGAAUGUUGGUGAUUAUGGCAGCCAUGGAUUGAGCAGGGAUGGAGGGCUUGAUGCAGAUGAUGAUGUGGUAAGAAUCGAUGUGGUGGGAGGUUUUGCUAUGCAGAAAGUUACUGCUAACAGAAGUUACUUCCGCACAAUUGCCAACAUGGAUAUAAAACUGGAUUUUGUCCCUCCAACAUUGAUUAAUUUUUUUUCAAGGCAGCUCAUUGGGAGUGGUUUCAAGCUUUAUAAGAAGGAAGUGGCUUCUGUUUCCAGAGGUGAUGAAGAUUUUAGCAAUGCUUUGAAGGAUCCAAUGUACAACCGUAUACGUGAGGCUCUAUAUUCACAUGAUAAAUCUAAUGGUCAUAAAAACAACUAUAACCAGACAAAUGUUACAAAUGAACAUGAAUUCCCAGAGAAGGUUCAGCAUUGUGCCGUUCAUUCUCCAUCAGAGAAUUCUGUGACUAGGGACGAAAAGAUUUGUGGUGAGAUUGAGGAAAUUGUUGGGGAAGACAAUGAAGAAGCUGGGACUGUUAAUAUGGACAGUCAGAAACACGAUUCUCCAUUAAAGAAUCAGAUCAGAAAGGAAGAUCCUAUUGCUGAGAACAGUAUUGGUGUCAGCCCUGAGGUUCAGCGAGCUUUGGCAAAACUGGAAAUGGCCAUUUCUUUCAUUCGUAAUUCAUAUGCUACGAGUCCUGCAAGCAGAACCACCAGCAUAGAAAACUCACCAAUGAAGGAUGAAACAGAAGACUCAAAAUCGUUAGGAAGUGUUCUCCAGACUUUGGAGAAGAAUGACGUUGAAACUACUGCAGAAAUAACCAGCAAGGAAUUGACAGAGAUAACUGCCUCACAUGAACAUAUGAUUAGCUCCAGCGAUCAUACUUCCAGGGAUACCAGUUCCAGUUUGUGUACAAAGGAAACAAGCCAUAAUAGCAAAGCACCAGUAUCACCAGAUCCUUGUAUAUCUGAUUCACAUUCCAUUGGAGAUCAAGAAGUAGCAGGGACAAUCUUAGAGGACAUAUUAUUUAAGGACAAUAACUCGAAAGCCACUGAUCUAAAUUCCAUCAUCAAAGAAGGCAGAUUUGGUAAAAGGAAAACCAGCAAGCAUAGAUACUGCUGUUGUAAUUUACUUUCUAGGCAGCACAUUUCAACUUAACAAUUCCUAGUAGGAGUCCAGCCUCCCCAGACCCUAUUUUUUUUGGGAUUUUACCGGGUCUGUUCUUGUUGUUGUACGUUUCAACUUAACAAUCAAAAGGUCUGAUUUCUAUAUACGGAGUAUGUCAGAUUUGUUUCUUUCAAGGAGACGCUUCAGAGUCUAGGAUGGAAGUCUUGUCUUUGACAUAAACCAUAGAGGAAUAACUUUGUCAAAAGCUUAUUAUGUCAACUUUUAAGCUUGGAAUUGUAUGAUACAUGUAUUAUUGAAGUUGAACCCUGUAUUAAUACUACUCAGCAAAGUCUUUGCAAGUAAAGAGUCCUAAAUUAG